AAAAUGGCACAGUCCCGCGAAGAAAAACAAGCCAACCGCCGCCUCCGCCUCCUUCGAAUCCGAUCGGGCCGGAGGCCGCCGCAUUCUAGAUCCAUUAACCAAUGGCUUCCCCUCUCCUCUCUCCGCCGCUGCUCGCCGACUGGCUUGCGACGCCACUGCGGUCUUUCCCCUGCUCCCACCCCACGCGGCCGCUGGCCACCGCUGGGUUCGCCGGAGCCGUACGGAGCAACCAGCACCGGAGCUGGAGCGCGAGGGGAAGGAGGGACCUCAGGAUCUCUUCCACUGCGGCGGAAGCGGAAUACGGGAGGCCGGAGGAGGAUGUCGCCGACGAUUACUACUCAGUUCUUGGUGUCAUGCCAGAUGCAGCCCCUGAGGAAAUCAAGAAGGCGUACUACAGUUGCAUGAAAGCGUGCCACCCCGACCUUAGUGGGGACGACCCUGACGUGACGAACUUCUGCAUGUUCAUCAACGAGGUUUACUCGGUGCUGAGUGAUCCAGCACAACGUGCAGUGUAUGAUGAGAUCCAUGGGUAUACAGCAAUAGCAACCAACCCUUUCUUUGAUGACAGUGCACCCAAGGAUCAUGUGUUCGUUGAUGAGUUUACCUGCAUUGGAUGUAAAAAUUGUGCCAAUAUCUGCCCUAACGUCUUUCAAAUUGAGGAGGAUUUUGGGAGGUCAAGAGUCUACUCCCAGUCGGGUAGCACAGAACUAAUUCAGGAGGCCAUUGAUAGUUGCCCAGUUGAUUGUAUUCACUGGACUUCCGCUGCACAACUUUCACUCCUCGAGAAUGAAAUGCGCAGAGUAGAGAGGGUGAAUGUUGGGUUGAUGCUUGCUGGUAUGGGAAAUUCAGUCGAUGUGUUCCGUAUGGCAAGUGCACGUUGGGAGAAGAGGCAAGCAAAAGUCUUGGAAAAAGUCAGAACACGGAUGGUUAACCAAAAGAAUUCAGACACAAGCAGCUCUUGGAGUGAGAUCUGGGGAUCCCAAGCACGACAUCAAAGCAAUGAAGAAGAAGCAUCAGAGAGAGCCAAGAGAGCGGCUGCUGCUGCUAGACGGUGGCGAGAAUACUCAAGACGAGGCGCAGAUAGGCCUCCGACAUACAAACUUCCAGAGGCAGUGGGCAACAAAGAUUAGUUAACAGAACAAAGAAACAUUUGGCAUUUAUUGUUUGACCAUAUUUGGCUACCUGUACGGUGCCAUUGCUUGUAUAGAGGUGAUGCAUGGGUUGCUUUGCCUUCCCACUCCUCAUGCUCCAUUUGUAAAUUGUGCGCUAGACAAUAGUGAUGUCGAUGACCUGUAGAAGACAAGCACCAAAUGCAGAACAUUCAAAAUGUAAAACAAGCGCAUAUUUAAGAUCCAUUUUACAUUCACCGUCGCAGCGGUACAUUCUAAUUUAAGAUCCAUUUUCGCUUUUGUA